AUGAAGAUGUCUUCGUUGUUUUUCGUAUUGUUAUGUUUGUUUCAAAUUAGCAAAUUAGGUUUCUGCGUAGCAGAAAGUGUUCAUAAGGCUAACAACAGUGGAUAUCAACGUUGUGGAUUCAUAAGUGUCACUAGUUUCGGAGCUGUUGGCGAUGGGAAGACCGAUGAUACUCAGGCAUUUCUUAAGGCAUGGGACGUUGUAUGUAACGGAGGAAAUAAUACAAAGCUUCUAGUGCCUCUGAAUAACACAUUCAUGCUUAAACCUCUUAUGUUCGCAGGUCCAUGCAAGUCUUCCUCCAUCGCCUUUGUGAUAAGAGGUAAUCUUGUUGCGCCGGGUUACACUUGGUCCGGGGGAAAACACCCUAAAUGGAUUAGUUUCAAAAAAAUCAACGGUCUAGUUGUCAGUGGAGGCGGCACACUCGACGGUCGUGGUUCUGUGUGGUGGCGACACGAAAAAGCUCAGAAUCGUCCCACCGCAAUGCAUUUCAGCAGCUGUGAUGGUCUUAAGAUGUUUAAUCUCCGACACUUGAACAGUCCUCGGAACCAUAUAAGUCUAAGCCGCUCAGAGAACAUCACCAUCUCUAGGCUAAAUAUGACUGCACCUAGUGAUAGUCCCAAUACGGAUGGUAUCGACAUAGCAAACUGUAAAGGAGUCGACAUACGUGACUCUGUGAUAUCCACUGGAGAUGACUGCAUUGCCGUUAAUAAAGGUUCCUCUUAUAUCAACAUAACCGGCCUUUUUUGCGGACCUGGUCAUGGCAUCAGCGUGGGAAGCCUUGGAGUAAAUGGGGAGUUUGCAACCGUUGAAGAAGUGAGAGUAAAGAAUUGCACUUUCACAAAGACAAAGAACGGUGUCCGAAUCAAGACAUACCAGAACGGAUUAGGAUAUGCUCGGAAAAUCACAUUUGAGGAUAUCACGAUGGUGGACUCAGGGAACCCUAUAAUCAUCGAACAGAAUUACCACAACAAAGGCAAAUUCGGAAAAGUAAGCUUUGAAUAUAGUAAUGGAAGAGGCGUGAAAGUGAGCGAUGUGCGUUACAGUAGAAUCAACGGUUCAUCUGCGAGCGAUCAAGCCGUCACGUUUAACUGCAAUGCGAACUUAGGAUGUGAAAAUAUUGUGAUGGAACAUGUGAAUCUUGUUUCAGCGACAACAGGUCAUGAGGCGUCCGCGUCUUGCAUCAAUGUUCAUGGGAGUUUUUCUGAUUCACUUAUUGGUUGUAUCAAGUAUCAUAAGAUUCGUGCAAAGAUGAAGAAGUCUUCGUUGUUCUUCGUAUUGUUAUGCUUGUUUCAAAUUAGCAAAUUAGGUUUCUGCAGUGUUCAUAAGGCUAACAACAAUGAAAAUAACCGUCAUGGAUUCAUAAGUGUCACUAGUUUCGGAGCUGUUGGCGAUGGGAAGACCGAUGAUACUCAGGCAUUUCUUAAGGCCUGGGAAGCUGUAUGUAAUGGAGGAAGUAAUACAAACCUUCUAGUGCCUCAAGGAAAAACCUUCAUGCUUAAGCCUCUUACGUUUGAAGGUCCUUGCAAGUCUCCCUCUAUCUCCUUUUUGAUAAGAGGCAAUCUUGUUGCGCCGGGUUACACUUGGUCCACGGGAACCUACCCUGCAUGGAUUAAUUUUGACAGUAUCAACGGUCUAGUUGUCAAAGGAGGAGGCACCCUCGACGGUCGUGGUUCUAUGUGGUGGGGACACGUUCAGAAUCGUCCCACCGCAAUGCAUUUCAACAACUGUGAUGGUCUUAGGAUGUUUAAUCUCCAACAUUUGAACAGUCCACGUAACCACGUAAGUCUAAGCUGCUCAAAGAACAUCAUCAUAUCCGGUCAAAAGAUGAUUGCACCUGGUGAUAGUCCAAAUACGGAUGGUAUCGACAUUUCGAACUGUAUGGGAGUCGACAUACGUGACUCUACGAUAUCCACUGGUGAUGACUGCAUUGCUAUUAAUAGAGGUUCCUCUUAUAUCAACAUAACCGGUAUUUUUUGCGGACCUGGUCAUGGCAUCAGUGUGGGAAGCCUUGGAGAAAAUGGAGAGUUUGCAACUGUUGAAGAAGUGAGUGUUAAGAACUGCACUUUAACAAACACUAUGAACGGUGUCCGAAUCAAGACAUACCAGAAUGGAUUAGGAUAUGCUCGAAAAAUAUCAUUUGAGGAUAUCAAAAUGGUGGACUCAAAGAAUCCUAUUAUUAUCGAACAGAACUACCACAACAAAGGCACAAGCGGAGAAGUAAGCUUUGAAUAUGGUAACUCUCUGAACUGUGGUGGUAAAAGUCGUUUUUACAAGACUGAGUCUGGUGAAGCAAGAGGCGUGAAAGUGAGCAACGUGCGUUACAGUAGAAUCUACGGUUCGUCUGCGAGCGAUGAAGCUAUCACACUGAACUGCGAUGCGGACUUGGGAUGUGAAGAUAUUGUGAUGGACCAUGUGAAUAUUGUUUCAGCGACCGCAGGUCACGUGGUGUCCGCUUCCUGUAAGAAUGUUCAUGGGAGUCAUUUUGAUUCACUUAUUAGUUGUUUUAAUAAGUGA